AUGGGUUCACACCACGCCAUUCGUGAAUCGCUGGUGUAUCUUCGCACCAGUUAUCCCAUCUGUCUCCUGGUUGUCUUUGUCAUUGCUUUUGUUGCCAAUUCCAUUUUGGCAGCGAAGAGCGUCAAGAAAAAUGACAAUGCUGUGCGGACUGGCCCGGGGGGGAGACCGCUGCCAAUGCGGUCUCGGAGUAUGAUGACCGUGAUCAAGGAAGUGCAACGCUUUUCUCCAAGGAUCAGGCUGCUCUUCAACUGGCUCGCGGCGGGCGUCCUUUUGACCCUGCUUGGGGACGCCACCAUCAACAUCGUCCAUGUUAUCUUGGCUAGGGCGGACCAUUGGUGGUGUGGUCAGUCGGUCGUGAUCUACAUUGUGGGAUCGUUCUUCGUUCACGCCGUUAUUCUUGUCUCAUUGUUGGAUACAAACCCUUCGCCUACAUGCGCCCAAUUUGUCCCUUGGUUGGUGGCGAUACCUUUCGAAUUGGCUAUUUUGGGAGCGUCCCUUUCGAUCUACACAAACGUUCAUCACGAGCCGAUUGUUGGAAACCCAAUUGGCGGCCAACUUCGGAAUAGCAUCACUCUAUGGGAAUCAUUGGAGGUCCUCUCCAAUUGCCUGCGUAUUCUGGUUCUCUUGGCCCUGACUGUGAUCUACUUGGCCACCUCGAUCCGUUAUAAGGCCCAUAAGCGAAGUGCUGCCCGUAAUCACGUCAAUGGCGGCCCUAGUGAGUCCACUGGAUUGCUUGACCCUUCUAGUGCGGAAACAGGGGCUGCCAAUGGAAAUGGCUAUGGCUCCACGAAUGGUGCUUCUAACCAUAAGCCUCCCAAGCCAGCUGAUCCAUGGGUUCGACCAACCACCAUUCCAUCGACCAGCUGGUGGGAAUACCUCAGCGGUUACUCGUUGUUCUUCCCUUACCUGUGGCCGUCCAAGUCUCGGCGCCUGCAAAUCGUCGUCGUCGUCUGUUUCUUUUUGAUUCUCUCGCAGCGAGUCGUCAAUGUUUUAGUCCCAUACCAAGUCGGAGUCAUCACCAACAUCUUGUCCAAGGAAAGUGGCGAGUUCCGUGUACCUUGGUUGGAGAUUUGCCUGUACAUUUUCUACCGCUGGCUCCAGGGCAACCAGGGCUUGAUCGGCUCAUUGCGCUCCAGCUUAUGGAUUCCUGUCAGUCAGUAUUCGUACAUGGAGCUUUCCACUGCAGCAUUUGAACACGUCCAUGGGCUCAGUCUGGAUUUCCAUUUGGGCAAGAAGACAGGAGAAGUCCUGUCUGCCCUCAGCAAGGGAAGCUCUAUCAAUACUUUCCUCGAACAGGUCACAUUCCAGGUGGUUCCGAUGUUGAUCGAUCUCUGUGUCGCUAUUGGAUAUUUCCUCGUGGCCUUUGAUGCAUACUAUGCCCUCGUGGUUGCGAUUGUCACUUUCUGUUACCUCUAUGUCACCGUUCGCAUGGCCCAGUGGAGAGCGUCAAUCCGAAGACAAAUGGUCAACGCAUCGCGACAGGAAGAUGCUGUCAAGAACGACUCGAUGGUCUCUUAUGAGACAGUCAAGUAUUUCAAUGCCGAAGACUACGAAUUCGGCAGAUACCGGACUGCCGUUUCUGAUUUCCAGGGCGCUGAAUACCACGUUUUGUUCUCUCUGACUUUGAUGAACACGUGCCAGAACACGGUUUUCAUGCUUGGUCUGCUGAUCACAUGCUUUAUCGCUGCAUACCAAGUUACUACUGGCCAACAGGAUGUGGGUAAAUUCGUGGCUCUUCUCACCUACAUGGCCCAGCUUCAAGGGCCAUUGAACUUCUUUGGCACAUUCUACCGCUCUAUUCAAUCGGCAAUGAUUAAUUCAGAGCGAUUACUCGAGCUUUUCCGCGAGCAACCUACUGUUGUCGACAAGCCAUCUGCCACUCCCAUGCCUGUAUGCAAGGGCGAUAUCGCAUUUGAAAACGUCCAGUUCGCAUAUGAUGCUCGAAAGCCUGCUUUGAAUGGUCUUACAUUCCACUGCCAGCCCGGUACGACCACCGCCUUGGUUGGUGAAUCCGGAGGUGGCAAGUCAACGGUUUUCCGCUUGCUCUUCCGAUUCUACAAUGCGGAGAAGGGGUGUCUUCGGAUCGAUGGACACGAUGUGGAAGAUGUUACUAUUGACUCGGUCCGGAAGCACAUUGGAGUUGUGCCACAAGAUACGGUUCUUUUCAACGAGACCUUGAUGUAUAAUUUGAAGUAUGCAAACCAACACGCCACGGAAGAGCAGGUUCACCAGGCCUGCCGGGCGGCUAGUAUUCACGACAAGAUCAUGUCUUUCCCCGACGGCUACCAGACUAAGGUUGGAGAGCGUGGUCUCCGGCUCAGUGGAGGAGAGAAGCAGCGGGUGGCCAUCGCUCGUACCAUUCUCAAGAACCCCCGGAUCAUUCUUCUGGAUGAAGCCACUGCCGCGUUGGAUACGGAGACAGAGGAACAUAUCCAGGGAGCUCUUUCCACUCUCUCCCAUGGUCGUACAAUGCUCGUCAUCGCUCACCGACUCAGUACCAUCACUACCGCAGACCGCAUUUUGGUGCUGCAUGAAGGCCAGGUUGCCGAAAGUGGAACGCACGACCAGCUUCUGGCCAUGAAGGGUCGGUAUGCGAGCAUGUGGCGGAAGCAGAUUCGCGCACAGAAGGCUGCGGCCGAGGCGCAAGUGCUCCAGGACCGUGCUGCACGUCUGCGCAGUGCAUCUUCUGCGGGGCAUGCGGAUGACAGUUCCAGCCAGUCUGACGAGGACCGCCACAACAACCACAACGCGGCCCAAGGACAUCCAGUCAGCCGCCCUGAAGGGCACUGA